AAUGACAAUAUCAGAAACCAUUACGCACAAUGGUCUUAAAAGUGUGGUCAGCAUCAGCUACGUGGAAAGUAGAGACGGUGGGAGCUACGAGUGCAGAGCUAGCAACCCUUACGGAGUAGCUGCUUAUAAUAUUUUUUUAAAUAUCCUGGAACCCCCUACACCUCCAUUGGAUUUACAACUAGAUUCAGUUACCAGCAACUCAGCGAAACUUUCUUGGAGAGAUACUAUCAGUGCUCACGUUCAAUACUACACCGUGCAAUAUACUAGCAAUGAUUUCAAUCUAUGGGACGCUGCAAAGAGCAUUAAUAUUACAAGACAAGACAGCGAUCAUAGGCAAAGCAUAGAGUUGCGAGAUUUGCAACCGGCUUUAGACUACAGAGUUCGAGUUGCGUCAGGCAAUCAGGUGGACUUGAGUCCUUUUACACAAGCUAUUCAUUUCACAACCCAACAAGAAGCACCCUCCUCAACGCCUUUAGGAGUACAAGUGGUACAAUCAGAGAGUCCUGGCGAGCUGAUAGUCUCGUGGUUGCCACCACCCAGAGACAGUCGCAAUGGACUACUACAGGGAUAUCACGUUAAAGCCGUGCCGAGAAUUAGCGAAAAAUCAGAUCCUAACGACACUCAAACAAAAAUAUUGAAAGUUAUGGCAAGAAAAGGGAAACAAGAGACAACACUUAGUGGUCUGUUGAAAAAUACUAGGUAUGCUGUGUCAGUCAGUGCCUUCAAUUCAGCUGGAAAUGGACCUUAUUCAUUACCAGUGUAUCAAACUACGAGAGAAGGUGCUCCUGAGCACCCUCCAUCAGCAGUUGAGUGUCGUGGUGUUUCUUCAACAUCACUUCGUAUAGCUUGGCAACCCAUCUCUUCCCAUGGAAGUUCACUACUAGGGUACUCAAUUUACUACAGCACAGAAGAUGGAGCAUGGCAAAAUACAUCUUCUCUACAUACAGAGAUAUAUCUUCAACCUUUACUCAAAUAUACAAACUACACAAUUAAAGUUGCUGGAUAUUCUAACUAUGGAUUGGGACCAUUUUCUUAUCCCGUUGUUUGCACUACAUUGCAAGACGUGCCAGGUCCACCGGCAGCAAUUAAAGUUCUAGUUUCAUCAAGCACUUCAAUUCUUAUUAGUUGGAAGAGACCGAAUGAACCCAAUGGUGAAAUUUCUCACUAUACUAUUUAUGUCAAGCCAGUUUCAAGUACAAGCUCACCACAAACUUACCGUGUAGAACCGACACAAGAAUCAAAUCCAUCUCGUCAACUAUCGGUUCCAGUAUCAGGACUGUUCACAGGGAGACAAUAUGAAGUCUUUGUCAGGGCUCACACGGUGGCUGGAGAGGGCGCACCGAGUAAUCGUGUUCAUAUUGAACUGACAGCUAAAGUUGUCGCCGGCGUGUCUUCUCUUGGAGGCCCCAUAUCAGUGGGAGUUGGGAGUUCCCUUCUUCUAGUCUGCCAAUGCGUUGGAGUGCCUCCACCGAGGACCGUAUGGUACCACAAGCAUAAUAUCAUCACUCAUCAUCCCAGGUUCACCAGAAACCAUGAUGACAGUCUUUUAAUAAACAAUAUCGACUUGUCACUCAGCGGUAACUACACUUGCUUAGCUAAAAAUCUCUACGGUUCAGAUUCAGUAUCUUACGAUGUAUCAGUGCUACCGACUCCUGAGCCUCCAGUAUUAAGAAUCACGUCUCAUAAAAAUGCUUUACAUUUGAACUGGGAUGAACCUCGACGUGGGAGUGGAAAGUCGCAGAAAAUUA